AUGGCAAGCAAAAAAGUGAUAUCUGUCAAUGAAUCGUCGGUAAGUUGCAGUAAUUUUUACAUUUGUCAAUUUUCUGGAAAGUUUAGAAAGUAUUCAUGUUGUUUCUUUAGCUUGUUGACUUAAAAGCGGAGCUUUACCGCAAAGAAACGCAGUUGAAACGCGAAAAAGUUGAUAAUACUCAGCCAAAGGUACCUACUCAGACAGUACAUUUAUACAUAGAAGUCUUGUAUAUGAACUAUAUUAACGGCAUUUUCUUAUAUAUCAACUGCAAGAGCUGUAUUAACAGUCAGGCCUUUUUAAUACAGACACUGGAUAGAAUACAGGACAUACAGGCACACAGCAUAUUUGUGUCCAAAUUAUGUCCAUAUUAGAGUGGUGUCCGUUUUAUGGAGGUUUUCUUUGAAUAAAAAAAUAUAUGAGAAUAAUGUUUAUCAGGACAUUAAAAAUUGUCUAUCAGAGUCGUGUCUGUAAAGGUACGUUUACACACUGCGAUUUGUGCAUGAUUCAUAUUCUGGCAUCAGGGCAGGAAAAAAUUUUUUUUUUCCUGGGAGCACAACCUGGAGACAAAAAUUUCCUGCUUAGCUGACCAUGGUUUUAAAUUCAAGAAUGUCUGUCAACUGUAUGUUGUUGCACCCAUAGUGAGACAUGGGUGUUUAGGUUUCCUUCAAUUUUUCAAUAGCAAAUCUAAAUUCAAACAAAUUUCCUGCAACUCUUUAACAUUUCCUGCGAGCAUUGCUUGCGUGCUCGCCUAUUUUUUCCACCCCUGUCUGGCAUAUCAAAGUUACUGCUGGUCUACAAUUGCUCUUCAUUUUAUAGUUUAUGGCAAAAUUUGAAAUGGAACCUUUAUAACACUUACAUGCACUACCACUUUGCAUGCGACAGAAUAUGAAUCGUAGACGACAAAUAGCAGCAUGUAAACAUUAGCCUAAUGGAGGUCUGACUGUACUUGUUAUUAAUUCUUAAAUCUCAGAAAGCACCAAUUUGGCGAAAGAAGAAGAAAGAAUCCAAAAGAAAGGAUGGAAAGACCGAAAAGAUCACAUCAACAGAUAGUACUUAUGAUAAAGAAUUAGAAAAAUCAAGGUUGCCUGAUGAUAUAUGUAAUUUUGUGCAUAUAUUUAAAAUUAUUAUGUAAUAACAUUAAAUUCUGAUUUAUGUCAAAUCAUUCCAGGCUAAUGUUAGAAGCCAAAUCGGCACUGUAUGAUAAAUUAUCUAAUGGAGAUAUUGAAGGUAUUACAUAGUCUGGUUUAGUUAAUAAUUGUUUAGUAGAGGAGCCACCUUAAUAUAGAGUGUUAAAGUAAUGUAUGUCAUCUCAUAUGAACUGUUUAUGUACAUUUAGCCACCUUAAUUUAUAUUGUUAAGGUGAUGCAAGCCACCUUAAUAUAAAGUGUAAAAGUACAGUGAGCCACCUUAAUAUGAAUAUUGAUCAUAUAAAUUGGGUCACCUUGAUAUGAACUAUCCACUUUAAUAAACUAGUGAAGCCAUAGCCACCUUAAUAUUUGUUAUAUAAAGAUGUACAUACAGUGAGUAACCUUAACUUAAGUAACUGCAGACAGUAGAUAACCACCUUAAGUUAAUAAACUGUAGAUAUAGAGUGAGCCACCUUAACAUUCUUUCACCUCCUUAGUCCCUUCAGAUGAAGAUGAAGAGGAUGGAAGAUUCUUAGUAGACUUUCAUCAGAAAACUUUACCAAAGGUAUAUCAAAUAGUCCUUAUCUUUAGUAUUGAUUUAAUCCCCAGGGGCUGCUCUCUUAGUAAGUUUCUGUAUUUCUGCACAUCUAUUUGUUUCAAAACUUCAGAAAAAAACUCUCAUUGAUAACAAGUUGUUGAGAAAUUUGCUUUGAAUUUUGGGUUACCCUAAGGUUUAGACCAAGUAAUUAUUACUUUGACAGACUGUUGAAAAUGAAGAUAAGAAAGUCAUUGAUAGUUCUCAAGAGAUCCCGCCAGCUGGGAGCCCUGAUGAAGAGUGGUGAGUUAAAGACGCUGGGGCUACUUGUUAAGAGUACGGCACUUUUCAUGCAUGAACUAUUGAACUGCAUUUCAUGCAUGAACUAUUGAACUGCAUUUCAUGCAUGAACUAUUGAAGUUAAAUCAAAAUUAAUGUACAUAGUGCUCCAUGUGCCAUUUAGGGUAGAAUAUGUAGACUCCUUUGGGAGAUCAAAGAUGUGUUUGAGGAAAGAUUUGCCACAAAUGAAGGAAAAAGAUGGAAAAGUUAAAUUGAAAUCUUUGGAAGAAAGGUGGGCAUCCUGCUGUAUAUUUUUAUGCCUAUUGUGAGAAUAAAGAAAAACAAAAUUGUCUUAUUUCUCUCGUUUUUAUGAAGCAAGCUAACGUUGUUGUCUGAUGAUAUGAGACGAGAAUUAAUGAGAAAGAAAUGGGAGCAGGAAGUGCAGGAAGCUUUGGAUAAACCGGAUGGUCCAAUACAUUACCAAGACAUGUUUGAUGGUGAGGGAUAACUCGGAUCUAAAUAGAAAAUUGGGUUUGCUCAAAACUUUCAAUGUUCAUAGGUUUUAGUAAUGUUUGAACUAAAUUGAGAAAAAAUGUUUGAACUAAAUUGAGAAAAAAUAUUUUUGUAUUAGAAACACGCGAUCAUGGUGUUGGUUACUACCAGUUUUCCAAAGUUGAGAAAGAAAGAGAAGAACAGCAAAGUGCACUUAAUAAAAUGAGAACACAGGUAAUUAUAUCAUUUAUGUGAACGAUCUUUCUGUAAAGUCCGAGAGAAGAAUUGCAAUUGAAAUUAUUUUUCCUUCGAGUGAAAAAGUUGAUCAAGAAUUAUGAUGAGGUUUUAAAAAACCUACAAUAUCUGAUAUAUUACAUUAUUUAUGUACUCCUUUGAAUGACACCAUUGCUAUCCAUAUACCAAAUACUUUAAACACUGCCUAAACCUUUGAAGCGAUACAAAAAUGGUGCUACUAUAUUGUAGACUGAACAACAACGAAGCAAGCGCGAAAAACUCUUGGAGAAACGGAAGGCGGCGAUGGACGCACGUUUAGCAAAAAUACGAGAACGAAAACAACGGAAAUUGCACGAAGCAGGAGUGGUUGAGAACACGCAAGAGCAGAACGAGAACACGCAAGAGCAGAACGAGAACACGCAAGAGCAGGGCGAGAAAACGGAAGAAGUUUCAAGUGAAAAUGAGGGAAAUGAUGAAAUGUCCAUUGGCGCGAUGGUGGAGAGAAUACGAAACAAGAGUACGAAAGUUGAAAAGGCACAUUUGAAUGAAUGGGAGAGAGGAAAAGUUGGUAAGAAUGAACGACGUUAUGAUUCAUUUUCAAGUGAACGAAAGUGUAAUAUGGCAAAAAUAUUGGAUUUGUUGUCGAUUGUUUUUUAUUAUACUAUAUAUCAUACUGCAAGUAUCGAUAUUUCUUAUUGAAACAUCUGCUGACGAAAGACUUCACUCGAAACAUGAGAACUGAGGAUUAAUCUAAAGAGUUUUAGUUUUUUAGUUAUAAUAAGCUUUCGUACAUUUAUACGAGGAGUUAAACAACAGAGCAAACUCCAAUCAAGUUCAAACACCAAGCACGGCAUAUUAAGAUCAGAGUAUUAAGAAUUUAAGAUGCCAUUUGUUUGUGAUAUUUUUCAACUACUGAGAUGUAUUCAGUUAAUGUUGUUUUUUUUUCUUUAAAGAUCUUGAAACAUUCGAGAAACCGAAAAGAAAGACGCCAAGCUACGACCCACGAAGUGAACGAGAUCCAGAAUUCGCUCCACCUUCGUUCUACACAAACGAGAAGAAAAACUGUUCGAGAAAAACUAACUGGAAAGCAGACAAUCAAAGAGCAGGCAUUGCUAUAAAUACAGAGGUUCUGAAUAGCCAUGCGCAAGCAACUGGACAUAAUUUGAACAAUCAACCAACAUCGGAAAUGUGUUCAAAUAUCUCAAACUCUUCGACAUCUCAAACCUCAAUAGCCCAAAAUUAUCAAGCUUCCUUUGAUUCCACGUCUUCUAAUAUUCAAAACACGAAUUCUUAUUUUCAAAGCAUGAAUCCCAACGUUGCAAACACGAAUCCCAAUCUUCAUAACACGAAUCCAAAUGUUCAAAACACGCAUCCCAUUGUCCAUAGUGGAACGAAUCCUUAUGUUCACAGCACGAACUUCAGCGUUCAGAACACGUUUCCCAAUCUCCCACCCCCUCCCAUUCACACUUUCCCACCUCCCAACUUUCCUCCACCAUUAUUGCCACCACCAUACCAGUUACCACCACAAUUUCCACCAAACAUGCCAUAUCCGCCUUAUUACCCCCCACCAUUACCCAAUAACCAGCAAUAUCAUAAUGAUGUACCCCAAUAA